CUGGAUCAGUUGUAUUCCUUCAAGGCAUUAAACCAUCAGUUUAAAUGUGAACUUAGGGUGGGAGAGAAUCUAUAUCAAUUUAACCCACUCUUCCUUCUCCGUGCUUUUUUUUCUUUUUUCUAUGACAGGGGUGUUAACCAAUGAAAGUCACAAUCCAGAAAGUCUAAACUUUCUGCAAGAGAAUGUAUCAACAGACGUAGUGACAACUGCAGCUGAAGGGACAGUGGAUCUCAGCACAAGCUUUGUGGAACCCACAAACACUCCAGGUACCACAUCUCAACUUCCAACUACUGACCAAGAAAAGAGUACAGAUGCUGAGAUGAUGGAAUAUCAUAAUGCUUUUUUGUAUUAUGAUUAUGAUUCCUUGCGCAAGUGGGGUUUAGUAGCAGCUGCCAUCCUUUUCAUCUUGGGCAUUCUCAUUCUCACCUGUGGAAAACAUGGGAAAUUUCCACGAUGCCGAGGGAAAAAGCGGGCAAGAGCAUAUGAUGUGUCCCUGGCUUGAAGCCUCUGAAGACUGCCCUGGGAAUGCUUUGGAUCAGCCAAGGGGUACCCCUUCCCUUGGGGAAGAAACAUUUGGGGUUCCCCCAAAACCGUCGCCCUGCCAUCUGACCUCUCCAUUUGUCCUUAUUGUGAUCCUGCAACAUCAGUUCAUUUUUCUUGCCCUCUCCUUAAAUUAUCUUUUUGUUACAUUGAACUAGUUCCCUGGCACAACCACAAGGCCUGCAAAUUCACAGUUCCUUUCUUUGCCUGCCGAAGGUCAGGAUUGUGUGGAUUAUGACCAUUGUUCUUGGUUGCCGGUGAAAC